AGCAUGGCAACAACACAGCUGACACUGGAAGUUAACUGACAUGAUGUUACCAUGGUUAUGGUGAUAAUGAUGUGGUUGCAUGCUUUAGUGGUCAUCUUCCCUCCAUACAACAGAGCCAGUAUAACAGUUGAACUAGGUGGUUUCAUGGAAACCACGUGCUGUCAUGGAAACUUGUAACACAACCCUGGUGACUGGUUAACUGAUCCCUGAAAAAGAAGGAAGGUGGGGUGGUGGUGAGAGUUGACGCUGGAUCAGUGAGAUCAUCUCUCAGCAAGGAUGAUCAAUACAAGUACGUCAAUCCUAGAACCAACUCCCCGCAUCUCGCCCUCCCUCUCUCCCCUACACAACAUGACGUCAUCACAACACCACGUGACGUCACCACAGAACCUCGUGUCGUCAUCACAACUGUUCGUGUCGUCUUCACCAAACCAGUUGACCUCUCAACCACUCAUGGUAUCUUCCUCCUCUCCGUUCAUCUCCGGACAGCUCAACGGCAGCUCUCAUGUCAUGAGAGGUUUCCAAACGCCCUUCCUCGGAGCACCGACCUUCCUUCCCACUCAGAGGACCAGUCCCGUUGUCAGUAGCCCCAAAUCAGGAUCAGACAAGUCAACACAAACCCUGACCAGUCCCGGACCAGCAUCACCGGGGGCCCCGGACCCGGCCCUCUUUUGUAACGUGCUGUGUAACAUGCUGGUAGACAGAAUAAAGGACACCCUACAGGAGGCCAUGAAAACCUACUCCACCGACAGCGAUAAAGUUGACAAGAUGAAGGGGAUCGUGACGGAAGCACUGAACAGUGCUGGAUCUGAUCUGGACAAGAAACUGUCCAUCGUAUCGGUGGAAUCUCUGAUGCAACGUCCCACCAUCACGGACGGAAAAUCAGCCCCCUCACUGCCGGAAAUGCCGGGUGCAAUCCCCGAUCAAUUCCCCGGAGUUUCUAAACCCAACCCAUUUCCUGCUCCGGACACCAACGGACCAGUUUCAGAUUACAUUAACAGACUGUCAUUUAUCUACGGAUUAAGCAGACCCUCCAUGUUCAACCCUUAUGUUAAGUCGCAAGCUCCUCGUCAAGAAGGCGAAGAAAAGGAAAAUGUUCCUGAACUCUCAAAGAUGGAAGAAGAGGAAGAAGGAAGAAAUGAGGAGUCUAAGGCGGAGUCUCGAAUGGAGGUAGAAACAGCUAGCUCAGAGCAACUCCCAGUGGGGAAACAGGACACAGCUGGGGACGAGGAUGUUAAUAUUGUAGAUGACGUGGAGGAUGAUAUUGAACCUGAAAGUGACCCAGAACUUAACCGUUCAUUCGAAGAGAUGAGUAAUCCCUCCACCGCGGAACCAAGCUUCUCCUCCCCGUCUCUGUCCCACACUACUCCAAUCACUCCCAUACCCCUCAACCUCUCCCCUACUUCUAUCCACGAGAAAAUACAGGCCUCUCUCGCCACCAACGGAUUCAUCGAUCCAUCGGUGCAGUACGAACUACAAAAACUGCUCCUUAGCGCGGCAAUAGCUCAAGGAAACAUCCCGGCUUUUCCGUCAACCCUGCAACAGACCACCAAGGAUUGUGAACCAAGGUCUGAGAUCCCUGUCAUGAUUCCCUCAAACGGUGGUUUCUUCGACAAAAGAGAAUACAACUGCCAGCACUGUGACGCCUCUUUCAGCUACGGCAGCAAGCUCCGAGCCCAUAUGAUAUGUGUUCACAGUAUCAAAUCCUACCAGUGCCGUCAGUGUAGAAAAAGCUUCCUGGAUAAGGAGGAGUACGUUAAGCACCUCGACCUGCAUCCCCAGAGAAAGUUCCAAUGCGACAAAUGCCCGUCCAGCUUCGACAAACAGCACCAGCUGUCUCUGCACUACCGUUCCCACACCAACGAGAAACCCUACCGCUGUCAGAUUUGUCAGCGUCAGUUCGCUGUUAACGACGCGCUCAUCCGACACAUGCGCAUCCACACGGGGGAGCGACCGUACGCGUGCAACGUCUGCGGCAAACGUUUUGCACAGAAAAGUGGACUCACCUACCAUUCUUAUCUUCAUACCGGUAAUCGACCGUACAAGUGCACCACAUGUGGCCAAGGUUUCGUACACAGACAGGCUCUGAAGCAACAUCUCAUGAAGAAUCACCUGAACGAACAAGUGGGACGAAUCCUCAACUCAAACUCCAACACCAUCUUCAACCCUCCGCAGUCGUCGAGUGGGUUGUCCUGGGAGAAAGACUCGGUUGUGACUGCCGAGGCGAUGAAAAGAGCCUUUCCAUGGGAGACCAAAGAACAGGGAUCCUCCGGACCAUUCAAACUAGAGGGUAUGGCUUCAUGACGAGGCAGCUGUGGUAGUGAAACAGGCUAACAGACUUCACUUACUCUUCACAAGUCUCCCGACACAUCUAGGUGACACGACUCCGGUUGCCAAGCAACCCCCCCUCUAGCAGCAAAGUAACCACAUCUCGGUUGCUAAGAUAACGAGUCCCCCUCUAAAGGACCACCAGGAACUUAACCGGUUAGCGCUGCUAGUGCGCCGCCUUUUUAAACAGACUAUCUCAUUUUGUCGCAAUUAUCGACCGAUAGCUCAUCUUUUACGGAUGCGAUUAUUGAUUCUGUGGACCUUUCAUUUAGGAAUUUUUGCAUGUUUGUUGAGACGUUUAGGUUGUUUAUCAUAAUAUUUUUGUUCUGAUUGAGUUUAACCUUCAAUUUUUUAUGAAAGGAUUGGAACGAUUGCAAGAGAUUUAAUUUUAGUCGAGUAUUCAAUUAUUUUUAUUUUGUUUUCAUUCAAGGUACCAAUUUAAAUUGAAUAUAAGAGAACCAUUGUUUGCUCAACUGCUGUAUGCGAUUUGGAUAAUAUUUAGCUAAAGUAUAUUUAAUCAUUUCACUCUCGAUAA